GACAUGUGUCUAUUCGCUGCUGGAUCCAAUGCUGCCGGGCAACUAGGCAUUGGAAACACAGAUGAUGCUCACGAAUUCACUCCUUGCCGAUUCCUUGCUUCCAACGGAACAAGUAUCAAUCUGCCAGCGGAAGCCGAUGUUCGGUCAAUGGCUGCGGGUUCCAACUUUACGCUGCUCCUCAUUGCUGGUUUCGAGAGCGAGCAUGCCGAGCUUUGGGCAUCCGGCCUCGACAGCUACGGCCAGCUCGGGCCGUUCUGGCCAGAAGACGUAACGGUUUUCAGGAAGGUUGAUCUGGGCUUGACCGGCACACCCUGGGCCAAUCACGAACCUAUCAUCGUAGGUGUUUCGUGGGAAACCACCAUUGUCGUGUUGAGACUCGAUGGGGAAGAUGCAGACGACGUCGUCAUCUCCCUCGGUUCAAACAAUCAUGGGAAACUUGGUGUUGGUACGACGCGGGAUUCAACUUCGGUUCCUUUGAUAGUGCCGAUAGCGAACAGCCUGCAGGGUGAUGACAGGUUACCUAACUCUCUUCGCAUUCUGGAACUCGGCUGUGGGCUGAAUCACAUCCUCGCCAUCGUCGGUUAUCAAGACUCCCAAGACGGGCGACUAUCUCGAAGCGUGGUAGGCUGGGGCGCUGCACGGCAUGGCCAGCUUGGUUCCACAUUACCGGAUCCUCGCUCACCUCUGCGUGGCUGUCAGCCAAUACCAGCGCUCUUCAUUUCCAGCUACGAUAACUACAACGAACAUCAACAACCAAUCCUUGCAGCAUUGGGACAGCGUCACACAGUCCUCCUCCUUCCCGAUGGCACACUCUCUAUUUGCGGCUCAAACGACCGAGGACAGCUCCGACACGCGGAUCGACUAACUAAUGUCAAAGACAUUGGCUGCACCUGGAACGGAACAUAUGCCGUUCUGACCAGCGGUAGCCGCGAAGCCAUCUGCUCCAAUGGCAGCAACGACAAGGGACAGCUAGGGCGAAUCGAAAACCAGCCUAUUCCACCACUUGAUCGCGUGCCUAAUGAGGUAUUGAUUCCUCUAGACCGCCGUGUCUUCGACCUCGCCUGUGGCAGCGAACAUGUCGCUGUCCUUUGCCGGCACGAGACGAGCGGAGCCUUUGAAGUAUGGGGGUGGGGAUGGAAUGAACACGGCAACCUGGGCAUGGGGCAUCAGCACGAUGUCCGGCUCCCCUCAAUGAUAUGGCCUCCACGCAACAUUUCUUAUGACGAACUCAAUGCGAUCGAGCUGGAACGCGUAUGGGCCGGCACUGGCACGACUUUCAUCCUCUGUCGGGGUGUAUGA